CUAGUGUUGGCUAGUAAGCAACUGAGCAUUGAGCACAUUGAGCAUCUUUAAUCUGUGCAAUCCUUCCUUUUCCUCGUUCCUUGGUGUGCGUCCAGGCACAUCAGUGAAUGAUUACAAAGUUCCGCACAGCGUACGCUGCGCACACGAUAAAGAAGACGACUGGCCCAGUGCUGCUGACUAGCUAGCCACACCACGGUUGCUCAUCAUGUCUGCCUCCAAGCCAAUCGACCCGCAAUCAGGCACCGGCGUCCCCCGUUGGCAGCUCGCUCUGCUGUUCGGCGCGCCCAUAGUGCUCGGGGUGAGAGCCGUGUAUCUAUGGAACAGCAUGAGUCGUUUGGAUCGUGCCCGUGAGGCAAAUCAAAAAGGCAACAAAUACUUUCAGGCGGCCAAGUACGAGAGCGCCAUCCAGUGUUACACAGAGGCCAUUGAACUCUGCCCCACUGUACAGAAGAGCUACCUGUCGGUGUUCUAUAACAACCGAGCGGAGGCGUAUGAGAAGCAGAUGAAAUGGACUGAGGUGUCGCAAGACAGCUCACAGGUACUAAUGUUCGACCCGCAGAACUUCACAGCUUUUACCAGUAAGCUGCGAGCUCAUGAGAAACUGGACAAUAAGAAAGAAUGCCUGGAAGAUAGCAUCGCUCAGUCUAUCCCGGAGGACGAGCUGAACGAGGAGCGCAUGAAGUUCCCUAUGGGAAAUAAGAAACGAGGGUGGAUGAUGCCUUCUCCUCAGUACAUCAAAUCCUACUUUGGUUCUUUCACCGAUGACAUCAUCUCGCAGCCGCUGCAGAUGGGCAAGAAGAAAGAUGAAGACAAGGACAAUGAGGGCGAGGCCUCCGAGGUCACAGCUAGACUUCCUGACAUGGAAUGGAUACAAGACCCAUCGAGAUUACAACAUUGUCAUAAUGUAGGAGAUGCCACGGAGCUGCGUGCCAACGCUCUCAUCAAGCGUGGGAUCCUGUGCAGACAGGAUGUCCUACACUUGGCUGCCAAAGAGAACUUCAACUUCGCAGCAGAGAUCGACGCAUGCAAUCCCGAUGUGUACCAUCACAGGGGGCAGCUUAAAAUAGACCUGUACCUGGUGGAUGAAGCUGUAGAAGACUUUGACAAAAGCAUCCAGCUCAGACCUGACUUUGCUCUCACCCAGGCGCAGAGGUCCUUCGCUCUGUACAAACAAGCAUACACCGAGCUCUUCCCAUCCAAGACACACGUUCAGAAAGCCAUGGAUGGAUUCGAGGACGUUAUCAAAAGGUUUCCCACUUGUGCAGAGGGCUACGCACUAUACGCUCAGGCUUUAACCAAGGAGGGACGCUUCAGAAAGGCAGACAAGAUGUACGACAAGUGUAUUGAAGUGGAACCAGACAACGCCAACCAUUAUGUUCACAAAGGAUUAUUACAGCUCCAGUGGAAACGAGGCAUGGACUGGAGAAGCUUGUGUGGGUUGGCCCUGGACCUCAUCAGAGAAGCCAUCGAAAUCGACAACAAAUGUGCCUUUGCUCACGAAUCAUUGGGAUAUGUCGAACAUGCAUGGUGUAACAAAAUCAGAAUGUACACCGAGGAUGAAAGGGCGAAUGACGUGGGCACCCAUUACAUAGAGCGCGAAGAAGCGUACACCCACAGACAGGUAUUCAGGAAAGUACGACAUCAGACUGGCAGAUAGGGUGUCGUUUUAAGAAUGGAAACGUUUCAAGACAGCCACUUCGAUUUUGACGGACAAAUUCGUCUGAUAUUCUUCAUCGAUACAUAUGGUGACCAAAGUAAAAUAGAACUUAAAUCUGAAUAAAGUUGAUGAUGAU